UGGGCUAGUCUGAUUUAAAAGCAGACUGCUGGCUUUAUCAGAGCAUGGGCAGAAGUGCCCUAACACUGCAAACAAAAUGCUGCUUUUAGCUUCAGCUUUUUUUCUAACACUACUGCAGUGUUCUAAUGCCCAAAGUAAAACAAUUCCUACAGCUGCAGACUGUAAUACCAUUGAAACAGAUGCAGGCGUGGCCCUGGAUUUGGUCAACAGACAUCGCAGAGAUGGCUAUGUUUUUGGUUUAUUCCGUGUUGCUGAUGCACACGAACUACAUAUAGGAAAUUCAACAGUCCUCUACUUAACUUUGGAUGUACUAGAAACUGAAUGCUCUGUAUUAUCCAGAAGACAUUGGGAGUCUUGUGAAUAUGGUGACACCUAUUUCAUGGACUUUGGGCAAUGUAAGAUUAUCACAUAUAGAAGUCAGCUUCUCAAGAAACCUCAGCUAUAUGGAUUUAACUGUACAUUAAGUCCAGUUCCUCCUGAUUUAUUAGAGUGCAAAGAUUGUCUAGUGAAAGUUGAAGCAUUAGAAGUUACUGAGCAACAUAAAAAUAUUGCUACAAAGGCCCUGAAGAAAUUCAACAGUGAGAGUAACCACACAAACUACUUCGAUGUGGACAAAGUUGAAAAGAUUUUAAAGAUGACUGGCUCCCAUGAAGGUUACAUUUUGGGUUUUUCUAUAAAAGAAACCAACUGUUCCAAAUCCGCACAACAUGCAGAUCAGGCACUGGAAUGUGAUUUUCUGGAUGACUCUCAUGCUCAUGUAGGAUUCUGCAAGGCAAGAGUUCUAAAUGAUCCAGAUAAACCAGACGGAAGAGAUGUAAGCUGUGAAGUCUACCAACCCUGGCAUCACGACCAUGGGCACAGAUGCAAAUAUUCUGCGCUGGGAAAACAACACAGACAUCCCCAUCCCCAUCCCCAUCAUCAUUUUGGUCACAGACAUCAUCAUGGGCAUCGUCACAAACUUCAUCACAGACAUCAUCAGCGGCAUGGACAUCGAAACACUUCUCAAUUCAGACCAGAAAACCCUGGGCAUAACCAUAGUUUUAAUGAAGAACAUCAAGACAGCCAUGAAGGAACUGCUCCUUCUCCUUCCUCCCAUGGUGGACCACAUCACCACUUUCACCCUCCACAUCAUUGUCCUCCACCUCCUCCCCAUGACGGACCACAUCCUUCUCCCCAAGAACAACCACAACAUCCCCCUUCUGCUCCUCCUCCUCAUGAUGCACCACAUCCUACUCCUCCUUUCCAAGAGAAAUUCUAUAAUAUCCCUUCUCCUCCUAUGCCCCCUGAUGAAUCACAUAAUCCUCCUCUUGGUCCCCAUCAUGGACCACAUCAUCACCAUUGUCGUCCCCAUCAACAUAGACCAAAUCACCACCAUCAUCCUCUCCGUCACAGACCACACCACCCUCCUGCCCCGGGACACCCUCCUCAUCUCUAUCAUCACCAUUACAGACAUCACUGCAACAAGACAAGCAUGUCAGGAAAGUACUUUCCAUUCCAAAUAACAGGAGCUAUCUAUCACAUCCCAGUUCUAAAUCAGCAGGAUUCUCUCACACCUCCCACUGCAAACUUUCCUGAGAUAUCCCAAAGCAACUCUCAUUUCUCCAGCAAUGAUGAAGGUAUUCCCUUCACUGGCUCAAGUCUAAAGGAGAUGCUAGAAGCUGUGGAUUUUUCAGAUUCCCCUACACAAUCAAAGUCAUGCCCAGGAAAACCCAAACUUGUUCUUCCAAAAAUUUUGCCUUUAUUUCCACAUAGCUCCAUGGCACAAAAUUCUCCUACAUGACCUCAAAGAAAGAUGUUUCUGGUUUGAGGGCUGCAGUGACAGUGACAGUUGAACAAUAUAUGAAAACAGAACAUGGAGAAGGGGAAAAAGUAUACAAUUUCUAGGGAGGAAAAGCACUGAAAAUAAUGAUUAAGCCAAGUAUUCUAACCUGCACCUAACCUAGCUGUCUCAGACUCCAGUGUAACUGAAAAGGUCAAAAUUCUGAGUCACUCAAGUGUUGUGAAUGAGUAUGAAUCUUCUCACCAAACAAUGCUCCUUUAAUUCUAACAAAAGGAAAAAAAGCCUUAAUAGUGAAAACUACCAUCUAAACUCUUUCAUUUUCUCAUAAUUCAUAAUUCUCAUGUACUUCUCUGAGGAAAUCUGACCUUGAGGAAAUUUGAUUGCCUUCCAUAAAAAAUGAUCCAUGGCACUACAUUCAUGUUAUAUAGAGAAUCUAACAAAAUAAAAAUAAUAAUUUUUCUUGG